AUGAAGAAAAUAAUCUUCUUCAUCGUUUUUUGCACAGCUGUUGAGGAGGGUUCAGGGGAGCAUAUCUUUGUUUCUUUGGAAAAGACUUGGUAUGAGGCUCAGGCUUACUGUAGAGAAAAGUACACUGAUCUGUCCUUUAUUACUAGCCAGAGUGAGCAAAAUCGUCUUCAAGCAGCCUCAGGUCAAAACAUUACCACUGGAUGGAUUGGUCUCCACAAAGAAAGCAUCAACAGCUCAGUCUGGAAGUGGUCAGGAGGUGAGCACAUAACAUACCAGAACUGGGGAUACUGGCAACCGGACAAUUACAAUGGGAGGGAGUCUGUUGUACAAAUCUGGUAUGGUGGAAAGUGGAACGAUUUUGAGCCAUCGUUUGAGCUGCCUUUUUACUGCAUCAGUGUUACUGCAGUGCAGGUGAGGAGGACCUGGGAGGAGGCCCUGGAGCAUUGCAGAGAGACUGACACUGACCUUGCAAGCCUGCACUCUGAGUGGGAGAUGCACCAGGUUCUGAGUGGGAUCCAGCAUGACCACAUAACCGAGGGGGUGUGGAUCGGCCUGCGUUUUCUUGGAGACCGCUGGCUGUGGCUGGAUGGUGGCUCUAUGUUGUAUGAGGCCUGGCCAGAGGGAGAACAUCAGGACUACCAGUGUCCAAUACAAAAACGCUGUGGAGCUUUAACCAAAGGAGGACGGUGGGGGAACUGGGACUGUGAGGAAAAACUCAACUUCAUCUGCAACUGA